AUGAAUGCGGCUAUUACAACGCGUCUCCUUCCACGAGCGUCGCGUCACUUCGCUCACUUGCGAGCCGUGUCAACACUGAGCAACAACCCGCACAUUUAUGUCUUCGCCAACCCUCAGAAUCCCUCGUCUUACAUCCUGUCCCUACUACCCACAGACCCUCCGUCUUCCUCAUUAGCACUUGGCGCAACCACAAAACUACCACCUACACCUCAGUCCUUCACUGAAAAUCCAAGGCUCCUUCCCAUACUCCACUCCGUAAUAAGCGAGAAUGCCUCUUCCGACCCUCAAGUCCAAUCCGAGGCAGCAGUUAUGAUAUCCAACUCUGGCGUCUCUUUCUUUCAGACAGCCCGCCGGCAGCAGACAGGCUCUGCUGGCGCCUCUGAUCAAGGCGGUUACGGCGGCGGCGGUCGAGGUGGUUGGGUGCAUGUGGCUGAUCAGCGACGGAUACCCGACUUUGGACGUAUCCCUGACCCUGAGGAUAUAUUUGGAAGCGUGGAAGUCGAUGGACAGGGCCAAUUUGUCGAUGGUCAUGGAAGAUAUCAGCCUAGUGGGACAUACCGGAUUUGUACAAAUGAUGGUAUUCUGGGACUGACGGAUUUUAUGAGACAGAGGCUUGUGCAGAGGCUGAAGUUGGAAGAGGCGGCUGAGAAGGAUAAGGCAUAA